CUACUGGCUACUGGCUUCACUGGCCUGCAAGUGGUGGCUGGGAUCCCUCGUUAGCUGCAGCACACCGUGCACUAAGGACCCUUGAGUAGACUGCGUCUCCACCGACCUCGCUGCUGCAGCGUACAUCACCGUGCACCCCUUCCCCCCCCCCAACGUCUGCGCUUAUUUGGCGGUGUGCCCAGCGAAUCCUUUACCAAGUGAAAUUUGCUAUAUACAUGAGCAACAGCCUUGUCGCUUCUCGUCGAACCUCCCUUCCCUUUGCAGAGAGACCUGUGUGCUGUUGCGUCGACGGGGUAUUUCUCGGUGUCGUUGCAUAAUAGAUCCAGUGGAUCUAUACACUGGUUAGGUCAGCCUCUACUGACACUCUGGGACUCUUGUGGUUGCGCCAUAAGGAGUAUCUCUGGCGAGGCUGGGUAAUACAGCGUCGACAGUGUACUACCAGUGGACAACCGAUAGUAUAUAGUCUUCAUGUCGAAGUCUACGCGCGGUUGAAGUCUGCGUCUUCUCUUCGGCCGGGAUGGACACUGAAGAUGGGCAGCUGUUCGUAAAGAACCUCGCCCAAUUUGUUCGAACUCAUGAGAAAGCUCUCGCAAAUGCUCUCCAACUACGAAAACAACAAUCACCCGGGCAUGGCCGGUCACAAAGCCACUAUGGGGCGUUGGGAGUCCCCUCCAGCACAUCAACAACGAUCAUCAGCCCACCGUCGUCGUCGGCAUCAUCGACCCUGACAUCGAGCACACUUGCUGCUGCGCUCUCACUACCAUACCUAAAUUUUGCAAGCCAUAACAUCAAACCAGCGAAGCUCGCCCUCACGCCGCAUCAUCUAUUCUACCUCCUUUCGCGAUUCGAAGAUUUUGGGAUACUUGUUGGGCCUAUGAACGUGCGACUGGAAAGUCUACACUCCGAUACUUCCGCAAACUAUGUCUCCUUCCUUGGAAAGUCACAAAAUCCAAAGAGCGGCUCCGACCAUGGCUCUAUACACUCUGUUUCAAGCAUGCGAAGCGUCAUGUCGGGCAUGACGUCGCUAUGGUCUGGCUUUAGCCUCAGGGGUGCAAGCUCUGCUGCCAAAAUCGAGAGACAACUGGCUGCGAACAGGGAGGACCUCAAAUACCUAUACUCAGCCUUCACCAAGAUCCCCUGUCUUCGAUUGACACCCGAUCGCCGUGCGAGACUGAUCUCUGGAUACGAGGAGUUUCCCUUCGAUACUGCCGUUCCUCUGAUUGCUUUCAAGAACCUAAGCGCUUUGGAGAUUAGUGAUAUCGAUAUCAGACAAUUUUUUGGCUGGGACAGAUUGGCGGAACAGCUUCGCAGCUUAACCAUCAAGCGGGCCUCGAUAGAAGAUCCGGGGGAUUUACUGAUCGACAUAGUUUUGGAUGACAUGGAUAAGAGGCGCCGGCGGUCGUCGAAGGCUCAAUCAUCACCUAUCUCACCUUGGGCACCAAAUAUUAGUCCUAAAAGGAGUCCAACUAUACCUCAUGCGGAACUUGUUCACUCGAAUUCUGCGCCAGGAUCACCAGACUCGCGAGUCGGCAGCCCCGAGAAUCGCGAGUCCCGGGCGAUGCACCACAGCGACUUCGGUCUCGGCCGCUCUGCUUCUGGAGACUUGACAUCGCUUACGAAGAACAACCGCCCCAGAAGCAGCUCACCAGUCCGGCCCACAAGCUCGAGGACUGGGUCUGCCCACGGCCAUGUCCGCGGAUCGCACAAAGUGAAACGAUCUGGAUCCAACAGCUCCCAUUCAAGCACAUCCGAUACUUGGUAUAACCCGAGAGGUAGUAGCUUCAACAUCUUGUCAACGUGCAUCCUGCCAUCCACGAAAUGGCGAUUCCUCAAGCAUCUUAGUCUGGCGGACAACUCCCUCACAUCGAUCUCUGCUACGGGUCUAAUGCCACUAGCCAACACCCUUAACUCUCUGGAUCUAUCCUCGAAUUUAUUUUCGCAGAUCCCCGAUUCCCUCGCAUCUCUGACAGCUUUACGGGCUCUUAAUCUCUCCAAUUGCAUGAUUGAUUCUCUCCACUCCCUGACACGCAACCCACUUCCUGCCAUCACUGCCUUGAACCUCAGGGGGAACCGCUUGAUGUCAUUAGCUGGAGUAGAACGACUGUACCCACUGGAACGCCUAGACCUUAGAGACAACAGGCUCACGGAUCCUACUGAGCUUGCCAGGCUGACUGGAAUCCCGGAAUUGAAGGAGAUUUGGGUUGGCGGAAAUCCAUUCACCAAGACCCAUCCAAAUUACCGAGUUACCAUCUUCAACUUAUUCCGAAAUUCGCCUGGGUUUACCGAGGACAUGAUAAUUGACGCUUCCGGCCCAGGGUAUAACGAGAGGAGACAACUCGUGGAGCGCGUUCCUGAGCGUGAAAACGUUCCCGUGGUGAAGCCAUUGCCACCACUACCUACUGUUGUAGAUAUUACGAAGCCGGCGAUUAUAUAUGAUUCUCCCAAGGAAGCUUCAGUGCUACGCAAGGAAAGACCCCAACCAAACACAGCGGCUAGCGAUGUUUAUACAAGCUCGUCUCGUCGGAGAAGGACGCCAAAGCGAAGAAUCGUUGACCUAUCCACGUCCGAGAUGUCGCCAAAUAAGCCCAAGCCACCAGUGGUAUUGAAGUCCGAGGAACCAAUCCCAGGAACGGCAGGGUCCGAUAGUGGUUAUGGUGUCAGUCCUGACACAGAGCCAUCCCAUAUUAUACCCGACUAUACACCUCCACGACCGCAGCGUACAUUCAGCCAACCCGACAUAUUGCCUCGCCUCGAUACAACUACCACCCCUCAACUCCUUCCCGCGGAGAGACCCUUAGAAGAAUCGACCAUUUCGCUGCCAUUCCUCGACACCCAAGACUGGAGUGUCAGCGGCGAAAUGUACCGAAAGAAAAUCGAGGCUCUCCGCAACGAGGCUGGCAGCGGCUGGCUCAGCGUCCUGAGCGAAGAAGGCUGGGAAUCACAGAAGCCGCCCGCCCACCACCCUCCGGGCGAUUUCAGCCCCGCGAGCACCAUCCGGCCGAGCUCGACCACCCCUCGGCCACGCAGUCAACAGACGAUACAGAGUGGUCGCACGCUCGGCUGA